UUUAUUUAUAGUACCAAUUCAUAAUACAGUUGAACUUGAAUUCAAUAAUGAACUUAAAGACUCCUAAACAACAUUAUCAUUUAUCCAACUGUAAAGCAACCAGCCUACAAACAUUGGAUACAGAUUGCAAGAACUGAGAAAUGAAAUGAAAUGAACCCUCACAAAAAGAAGAAAAAGAAAACCCAUCAACAUUAUUUUCUUCUUCUUCACCAAAUUCUUUUCUUAGCUCAUACCAACAAAAGCUUGGAAAAAAGGAAAAAAACCCCAGAAACAAAACCAACAUAACCAUGCCUUCGAGGCCAUUAUCUCCAAGUUAUAACCAUCCAAGACCAAGUUUUAUCGCUAAAACAAGAAUCUUGUUCUUGACACUUACAAUAUCAGCUUCUGUUGUGAUUAUCUUUACAAUUUUAUACUUUCUUUACCAUCUUUGGUAUUCUCUUCUCAAUCGUUCAAGAACCAUUCCUUUUGACUCUAAUACUCCUCUAAAGCUCCAAAGGUUCUCAUACAAAGAGCUAAAGAUUGCCACUAAUGAUUUUGAUGAUAACAAUGUCAUCGGCAAAGGUGGUUCUGGUACUGUCUUUAGGGGCAUUGCAAGAGAUGGGAAGUUAUAUGCUAUUAAGAGGCUUGACACUUUUUCUUUACAAUCAGAGAGAGAGUUUCAAAAUGAGUUGCAGAUUCUUGGUGGGUUAAGAUCACCUUUCUUGGUUACUUUAUUGGGUUACUGUGUUGAAAAGAAUAAGCGUUUGCUCAUUUAUGAGUAUAUGCCUAAUAAAAGCUUGCAAGAAUUGCUAUUUGGAGAUGGGCAUUUGAGUUUGAGUUGGGAAAGAAGGUUUAGUAUCAUUCUUGAUGUUGCAAAAGCACUUGAGCUUUUGCACUUGGGUUGUGAUCCUCCUGUGAUUCAUGGUGAUAUUAAGCCUAGUAAUGUUUUGCUCGAUUUUGAUUAUAGAGCCAAGAUCUCUGAUUUUGGGUUAUCAAGAAUUAAGGUGGAGGGUGAGUUUGGAGUUGAUUUAUUUAGCCAAGAUUUGGGGAAGAGUCAAGAGCUUUCAGGGAACUUGACUUCAGAGACUCCAGCAAUUGGCACUCCAGUGGAUAGUUGUAAUGAGGUAGAUUUUGCUCUUGCUUUGCAAGCUUCUUCUUCGUCGAAAAAUAGCAGAACAUGUUAUAACGUUAGGGCUUUGAACUUGAAUUCAUUGAAUUAUAAUGCUAACAUUGCAAGUGAGAGUGAUGCAAAGGCAGGAAAUGGAAAGGGGAAAGAGGUUUCUGGUGUGGAUAUUGGUGGUGGGGAUGAUUGGAAUUGUAAAUUUGUACCUUAUGAUGAUGAACCUUGUAGUAUUGAUCAUAGCAAAGAGUUGAAUUGUACUGGUUCCUCUCUUGUUGAUGACUCCACUGGUACAAAACAAUGGGGAAAAGAUUGGUGGUGGAGACAGGAUGGAAGUGGUGAAUUGUGCAGUAAAGAUUAUGUCAUGGAAUGGAUAGGAAGCCAGAUUUGCCCAUCAACAAAUCCUGAUUGGGAUGAAGAAAAGAAAAACACCCCUGAAAGAAGAGAAUUGCGUAGCUCGGCCCCUUUGGAUAAAGUAGAAGAUGCCAUUGAAUCUCAAUUUGACAAGAAGGAAUCAAGGAUCAGGAAGAAUCGUAAGAGAAAAAAUAGGAAGAUGCAAGAGUGGUGGAAAGAAGAGCACUUGGAUGAGAUUACCAAGAAAAGUAGUAAGCUAAAGAAUCUUGAAACAAAGUGGAAGAAAAAGUUCAAAAUGCCUCAUUUUUAUCUCAGUCGCCGGUUUCAUUUCCAGAGACGAAAAAAAUCUGGGGAGCUGAACCAGAAUGUUUGUGACCGAAAUGGGGAGUUUAGUUUCAGAAGAGGUUGGAAGAAAAAGAAUCUGUGUUCUGCAGGAAGUGAUAUGUGGAGUGGGGAUCUUUUUAGUCGCGAGUUAAGCAGCACAACAAGCAUGAGAGGCACUCUGUGUUAUGUUGCACCCGAAUAUGGUGGCUGUGGGUACUUGAUGGAGAAGGCUGAUAUAUACAGUUUAGGGGUUUUAAUUCUUGUCAUUGUGUCUGGUAGAAGGCCAUUACAUGUCCUUGCUUCACCGAUGAAGCUUGAGAAAGCAAAUUUGAUCAGUUGGUGUAGGCACCUAGCUCAAGCUGGGAACAUCUUAGAACUUGUAGAUGAGAGAUUGAAGGAUGACUACAGUAAAGAACAAGCAACCUUGUGUAUCAACUUGGCCUUGGCAUGCUUGCAGAAGAUGCCUGAACUGAGACCAGAUAUUGGAGAGAUUCUGAAGAUCUUGAAAGGAGAUACGGAACUUCCGGCUCUUCCGUUCGAGUUUUCCCCAUCUCCACCAUCAAAACUAUUUAGUAGAUCUCGAAGAAGACACAAGUCCAAUGCAGAGUAGCUAGCUUUUGGUCCAUAUAGCUUAGAAGUUGCUACCUGAUCAGCAAUUUGGGUUUCUCUGGCACUUCUGCUUCAGAAAGAAAA